UUCUCUUUCCGCUGGAUGUCACUCAGGGGGCGGUCCACAAGCUCGAGAAACCCCAAUCAAACUGUGUGUAUCAGUCACACCAGCGACCGCUGCCGACGGACUAGUAUCAAAUACCCUGCACACACAUCCACGAGUUCCACAGCACAUAGUAACCCACUCACUGCAGUGACCAUUUCAGCAUCCGAUGCCUUUACCUUUACGGGCAAGGAGAAGAACAAGUGUUUGCAUUUGCUGAGGAAAUUGGGGCGUUUUCUCAAGAUGCUGGAGAACGGCGGCAAGGUGCUGAAAGAGGGGCUUCUGGAGAAGCGAAGCGACGGUUUGCUGCAGCUGUGGAAGAAGAAGCACUGCGUCCUCACGGAGGACGGGGUUCUGCUUCACCCGCCGAAGCAGCACGACCACCCGCACCAUUACAACCACCACGGCGGCGGAGACACUGGCAAAGUCAAGGAGCUGCACUUCUCCAACAUGAAAACUGUGGACUGCGUCGAGAGGAAAGGGAAAUACAUCUACUUCACCGUGGUCAUGUCGGAGGGCAAGGAGAUCGAUUUCAGGUGUCCACAGGACGAGGGCUGGAAUGCCGAGAUAACUUUGCAGAUGGUGCAAUACAAAAACAGGCAGGCCAUCCUGGCGGUGAAGUCUACCAGACAGAAACAGCAGCUCCUCGUUGUUCAGCUCCCGGGACAGAAAAUUAUUCGGAGCUCUCCAAACGUUGCGUGACCUGCGCCUCGGGCAUUCGACGUGCGGUUAAUUGGACAUUCAGAGGAGGGAUCGAUGGACUCCGGCUGCAUCUGCACGGCCUCACAAAAAGGA